UAUCUCAGUCGCAGUCAUGAUGUUACUCGCGGAUCAACUAUCGCGGUCUGUGGCCUGUGGCGUCGACGGAAGUUUUGUUUGUCCAUCUCUCGCGCCUGUUUAUAAGCGAUUUUGUGAUUCAGUGAAAAACUGUGUGGAUUCCCGACGAUGAGCGCCGAGGAAGAAGUAUUGCGCAUACAGAAGAAGCUCAACAAAAUGUCGAGCGGUGACGGGACGGUGAGUAAAAACAAAGGCCAGGAACAAGCUUUGGAAUUGCUCAAGAUACUUCAAAAAUUACCCGUCAAUUUGGAACUCUUGACCAAAACACGCAUUGGAAUGACUGUGAAUGCCUUGAGGAAGUCAAGCAGAGAUGAAGAAGUUAUUUCUUUAUCAAAAACUCUUAUUAAAAAUUGGAAGAAGUUCUUAUCUGGAUCCAAAGAAAAGGAUUCUACUUCAUCAAGUAGUUCAAAGAAGAAGGAUGAAAAAUCAGAUAAGGGAAAGGAAGAGAACGAUCAGAAAAAGGAAAAGGAUAUGACAGAUGCCGCUGAUGUCAAAGUGAAGGAAGAGAAGCCAAGCAAAGACAUGCAGAGGAAACAGGCGUCUUUCCCUGCUCCUACCACGACAGAUGCGGUCAGAUUAAAAUGCAGAGAACUUUUAGUAACAGCUUUACGCGUAGAUGGGAAAGUCAUUGAUGGUUGCGCCAGUCCAGAAGAGUUAGCGGAAGAAUUGGAGGAGGCGAUCUAUGCGGAAUUCAAAAAUACUGAUAACAGAUACAAAAAUAGGGUACGUAGCAGAGUCGCCAAUUUGCGCGACAUGAAAAAUCCCAAUUUACGAACGAAUUUUCUUGUGGGCGCAAUUACGCCCUCUCGACUUGCGGUAAUGACAGCGGAGGAAAUGGCAAGCGAUGAAAUUAAGCAACUGCGUGAACAAUUCAAGAAAGAGGCCAUCAAUGACGCGCAACUUGCCACUGUGCAAGGAACUAAGACCGAUUUGCUCAAAUGCGGCAAAUGCAAGAAGCGUAACUGCACGUAUAAUCAGGUGCAGACACGCUCAGCUGACGAACCGAUGACCACCUUCGUGUUGUGUAACGAAUGCGGAAAUCGAUGGAAGUUCUGCUAAACUCAGGUCCGAUAAUUGUUUCUCGACGCUAUCGUCACGCGACGAAAUAAAUUUUUCAAUCAUCAUCUAGAAUACAAGACGAUACAAGACGAGUCGAUUAAUUAUUAUGAAAAUGUAUAUGUAGAUCUUCAUGAAAUUUGUCAUAAAAAGAACUUUUGUUUAUUAAUUAUACAUAUAACUUUUAGAGCAUAUAAAUUUUUUAUUGCAUAUAUCAAAUAUUGUUGGUUUUUCUUCAUAAAAAAUAUAUUUCUCACUUGAUUUAUUCUCUCCAAAUUCUCUAUAUUUUAAGAAUUAUACAUAAAUUCUAUUUUAUUGUUUUUUGCCUUGAUAACUUAUAGAUUAUCUGUGUGUGUGUGUUGAUUGCGAUAAUUUAUUUUAAUUGAAGAUCUACACAACUGUGCUAAACGAUAGUGAACGACAGAUUGUACAUUGAUCCAUUGAUUAUAGUGACAUUUUCCUUGAAGAGAAUCAAUUUCCAUACCACUCUGUACAUAUUGAAAUCGAUUUAUUAGAUUUUAGCUUUGCUUAAGAGUUCAAAAUUUUUGAAGAUUGUUUCAAACCUCUUCAAAAAGUGUGGGAAUCUAUAUAUAUAUAUAUAUAUAUAUAUACUUAUUUAAAAUACGUAAACAGCAUUUUAAUUAAAGCCUUUUUAUUCCAAUUGCGAUUCAUGCUACGCGAUACUGACUGUUGUCACUUCAUUAAAAGUUUUCACUUAAGUGCAUGAUCAUGUGGUAUAAAUCAUUUUGUCACUGUGCUGUAUGAAUAAUGUCAGAUAAUGUCUACAAGAGCUAUGAAUUGCGUCUGUAUCUUUAAAAUAUACAGAUAUGUAUAUCGUAUGAAAGAUUUGUUCAAACUUUCUGUGAUUACCUCUCUGCUUAUAAUAUUCUGCACUUAUUUUCUGUAAAUAAUUUUGUGGUUGACUGAAUUUUCGUAAUUAUGGAAAUUUGUAAGUUGCAUCGUCAUGUAUUAAUAAAAAUUGCUUAGCUAAUUUUCUCAA